GGCGUUCGCCUCACAUCCGGGUCCCGCCGCCGUCGCCGCCGCUGCCUCCCGGGCCUCGCUCAUUCAGCUCCGCUGGAGCUCAGAGUUCCGACCAAGAUGGCGGCCGUGGGGCGAGCCGGCUCCUUCAGCUCUUCGCCGCCGGCCCUGGCCGCCACCAACGGCUUCGCCCCGGCCUCCUGCACGGGCGGCGGCGACAAGGCCGAGGACGACGACGGGCAGAACCUCUGGUCCUGCAUCCUCAGCGAGGUCUCCACCCGUUCACGCUCCAAGCUCCCGUCCGGCAAGAACGUCCUGCUGCUGGGUGAAGAUGGAGCCGGAAAAACAAGCUUGAUUGGGAGAAUCCAAGGAAGAGCUGAAGAGUGCAAGAAGGGGAGAGGGGCUGAGUAUUUGUACUUGAGCAUUCACGAUGAGGACAGAGAUGAUCAAACAAGAUGUAAUGUGUGGAUCUUGGAUGGGGACCUCUAUCACAAAGGGCUCCUAAAAUUUGCAAUGGAAGCUGACUCUCUGAGAGACACUUUAGUUAUUCUGGUUGUUGAUAUGUCAAAGCCUUGGACUGCUUUGGAUUCUUUACAGAAAUGGGCAAGUGUGGUGAGAGAACAUAUUGAUAAGCUAAAAAUCCCUCCUGAGGAAAUGAAAGAAAUGGAACAGAAAUUGAUUAGAGAUUUCCAAGAAUAUGUAGAACCUGGAGAAGAUUUCCCAGGAUCUCCACAGAGAAGAAGCACGUUACAGGAAGACCGAGAUGACAGCAUCAUGUUACCACUGGGCGCGGACACGCUGACGUAUAACUUAGGUGUUCCAGUGCUCGUAGUUUGUACCAAGUGUGAUGCCAUUAGUGUGUUGGAAAAAGAACAUGAUUACAGAGAUGAACACUUUGACUUUAUUCAAUCACAUAUCCGGAAGUUUUGUUUACAGUAUGGUGCAGCACUUAUUUACACUUCAGUAAAGGAAAAUAAAAAUAUAGAUUUAGUAUAUAAAUACAUUGUUCAGAAAUUAUACGGAUUCCCUUUUAAGAUCCCUGCUGUUGUUGUGGAAAAAGAUGCAGUAUUUAUUCCAGCAGGAUGGGAUAAUGAUAAGAAAAUAGGAAUUUUACAUGAAAAUUUUCAAACAUUAAAAGCGGAAGAUAGUUUUGAAGAUAUUAUAACCAAACCACCUGUCCGAAAGGUUGUUCAUGAGAAGGAAAUUGUAGCAGAAGAUGACCAAGUAUUUCUCAUGAAGCAACAGUCCCAGUUAGCAAAACAACCACCAACAACAGCUGGGAGGCCAGUGGAUUCCUCUCCACGAGUUCCUGGCGGUUCCCCUCGAACACCGAAUAGAUCCGUAUCAUCCAAUGUGGCUAGCGUGUCGCCCAUCCCUGCUGGGUCUAAAAAAAUUGAUCCAAAUAUGAAAGCCGGAGCUACAAGUGAAGGUGUCCUUGCUAAUUUCUUCAAUAGUUUGCUGAGUAAAAAAACAGGCUCCCCUGGAGGCCCUGGUGUUGGUAGCAGCAGCCCUGGAGGUGGCGGUGGCGGUGGUGGGAGCAAUUUACCACCAUCAGCAAAAAAGUCAGGCCAGAAACCUGUCUUGACAGAUGUUCAAGCAGAAUUGGACAGAAUUUCACGAAAACCUGAUAUGGUUUCUCCUACAACACCAACGUCUCCUACAGAAGGUGAAGCAUCUUGAAGAUACCAAAUAAAGCCAUUUAUUCAGUUUUCUGAGAUAAUGUAAACUUGCCUCUGCCUUUUCCUUCAAAAGUGGAAUUAGGGAGCUGAAACAUUUUUUUUUCAGAAGGAUAAAAUUGAUGUCUUUUUUGUUGCCCAAUCUUACCAAAAGGGAACUAUACAAAUGGAAAAUUAAAUUACACUAUGUUGGACUGCUAUUUGCAUUGCCACUUUGCAUAAGGAAGUAAUUUUGAGAUUUUGAACACUCAGAACAAUUUCUAAAACUGCAAUCUAUCCAUUGACCUUAUUCUAAACACCAUUUUUUUUUUUUAAUGGGAGGGUUUGGGGAUGGGUGGUAAGCAAUAUGCAACACGGACACUGGACUGAUUUGGAAAUCCCUGUCUGUUUUAGCUUUAGGGCUGUUAAGAUGGUAAAUGAAUUAACCUGUUAGUUUUCUUGGAAGAUGGUGAUCAUUUGUUCUCGUGUGCACCAACAUGAAUGAAUUCAAAUUCUUUUUACUGCCAUGUGUAGAGUGUGCUUCCCAAGCUACUGGAUCACAUCUGAGCCACUAAGUCUAUUAAGAGUUGUGGGGCAGUGUCAUCUUCCAAGUAGAUGGCAUAGAGAAAUGUUGACCAAGUUUGACUUAAUUAACUAGCAGAAUACGACAGCCUACUGCCUAAAUAAAGAAAAAUGCAGAGGUUUUCAAAAUGAAAAACAAUCUACAUAUUUGUUUCUCUAUGGCCCAGCCUUAUUCCCCUUUAUGUUUUCCAUAUUACCGUGAUGGUUUUAAUGAUCAGUCUUUUAAACUGUAAUCAGUUAAUAAAGUAUUUAUUCUCUGCA